GGAUCGGCGUGGUGGGCGUGUCCAGGCGGGAGGCGGGGCCUGGCCCGGCUAGAGAGUCGGUGCAGAUCCGGCGCGGAAGAGGGUCGCUGAGCGCGCGGCGGCGCGGACCCGUGGGCUCCCCGGCUUCCGUCCGAGUCGGGCGGGACCCGCGGCGCUCGGUUCCCGGCUCCCCGCGUCGCGCGGAGUCUGCGCGAUGGGCGACCCGGCGGGGCCGGAAGCGGGCUUGCCCGGGCAGGACGAGAGAUUUUCUCAAGACAACACCGAAAAUGCGGUGAAUUCUAACGAAGAGCCGCUCCUCAGAAAGAGCUCCCGCCGGUUCGUCAUCUUCCCCAUCCAGUACCCUGAUAUCUGGAAGAUGUACAAGCAGGCGCAGGCGUCCUUCUGGACGGCAGAGGAGGUUGACCUAUCAAAGGAUCUGCCUCACUGGAACAAGCUGAAACCAGACGAGAAGUAUUUUAUUUCUCACAUCUUAGCCUUUUUUGCAGCCAGUGAUGGCAUUGUGAAUGAAAACUUGGUGGAACGCUUCAGCCAGGAGGUGCAGGUCCCUGAGGCCCGCUGCUUCUACGGCUUCCAGAUCCUCAUCGAGAACGUUCACUCGGAGAUGUACAGCUUGCUCAUAGACGCCUACGUCAGAGACCCUGAGCAAAAGGAAUUUUUAUUUAAUGCAAUUGAAACAAUGCCAUAUGUUAAGAAAAAAGCAGACUGGGCCCUGCGGUGGAUAGCAGACAGAAAGUCCACUUUCGGGGAGAGAGUGGUGGCCUUCGCGGCUGUGGAGGGUGUGUUCUUCUCGGGGGCCUUCGCGGCCAUCUUCUGGCUGAAGAAGAGAGGCCUCAUGCCGGGCCUCACCUUCUCCAACGAGCUCAUCAGCAGGGACGAGGGACUUCACUGUGACUUUGCCUGCCUGAUGUUUCAGUACUUAGUGAAUAAGCCUUCUUCGGACAGGGUCAGGGAGAUCAUUGUGGACGCCGUCAGAAUCGAGCAGGAGUUUUUGACGGAAGCCCUGCCGGUCGGUCUCAUCGGGAUGAACUGUGCUCUGAUGAAGCAGUAUAUCGAGUUCGUGGCGGACAGAUUACUUGUGGAGCUUGGGUUCGCAAAGGUUUUUCAGGCAGAAAAUCCCUUCGAUUUUAUGGAAAACAUUUCUUUAGAAGGGAAAACAAAUUUCUUUGAGAAACGAGUUUCAGAGUAUCAGCGUUUUGCAGUUAUGGCAGAAACCACAGAUAAUGUCUUCACUUUGGAUGCAGAUUUUUAAAUUUUGCCUUUGGAAACCUUAUAAACCUGUCAUUGGUAAACAACAGUCUAUUUUUCUCUGCUUAAAAAAAAACUUGAAAUAUUUCCUUCAAGGGAAUGGAAGUUUGAUCGAGAAAGGAAAUCUACAACCAAAUUCUUUUUUUGUUUUGUUUUGUUUUCUUUGGUACUGGGAAUUGAACUCAGGACCUUGCACCUGCCAGGCAGGUGCUUGUGCUGCUGAGCUGUAUCCCCGGCCUUCUACAAGCAAAUUCUAAUAAUCAAGAUGGAUUUACACAAAUAUACUCUAAUUUUCCUGUACAAGGGUGUGACCUAAACACUUUUUUUUUUUGGCCCUAGAAUGUGGGAUGGCAGUAAUUAAGACCAUGGGGUUGAAAGGUCAGAUAGGAGUUGGAGGUUCUGGCCUUCCUCCUUUGUGUAACUCCUGACAAGUCAGUUCAUGUGCGUAAACGUCACUGUACCUACCUUUGAGAUGGGUUGAGCGCUGAGCCCUACGUUCAUGGAGUGAUAGGGGAUUAAUGUGCAAAAGUAAGUGCUUUGCCGGGACCGCCGCCACCUCGACUCCUCCUGCUACUCAUUACUGAUAGAAUUAGCGAGACCCCUUCCUAUCUGGGGGAAGAAUACGAGGAUCUCCUUAGACGGAUCGCAGUUCUCGUCAGUGUGAGAAUGACAUCUUUGAAUCCUCAGUACGUCGAAAGGAAGUUGCACUCUUGUUGCUUUGGGAGGGAUAUUUAAGGAAUGGAAUCCAGGGGUCUUCAUGGUAGUGGACUCUGAGCAAGGUGAUUGCGCUCCUUUCCGAAUGCAAAGGAAACUCUUGGCAGAGUUUGCCCUGGAAUGCUUAGCCCAGCAUGAACUGGCUACGUUAGCAUUUCCCACGGAUCUUCUCCGAGCUCUCAGUCCCUCUGGAUUUUCUGUGAGAGAAAAGGGGCAUGGUGGCCCGGUGAGUGUGAGCACCUCGUACGGUCCACCCUCCUGAGAAUGCACAGCUGGGGCCUCAGAGCCUGACUGCAGGACAGGAACUCCUCGCUCCUUUGGCAUCUUCCAGACGCACACAAGGAUCGCAACAUCUCGUGCUGCUGUGCGCCUCGGAACGUAGACGGCAAGAAGCUGGCCUGAGGCUGUUUAUCUGUACAGGAGGUGGACUGAGACCGGGAACGCGGGGUGAGGACUAUGGAGCCAUUUCCAGUUUGCGCGGCGCCGAGGGAGGCACUGAGGCCCGCUGUUUGCCUUUUGCUGUCCGAGAAAGCACCCUGUGGUGGCGCAGAUGUCCAUCUCGUGUGCGCGGGCCGAGCUGCGGCCGGAGCAGGAGUCCGGCCGCCUGCCCUCUUCACCCUAGGAAGGGCCAGAGGGGGCCGCAGCCCCAUCAGUCAGGGUUCCUGGCCGCAGCAAGCUGUAUUUUACACAAUUCGGGGCUAAAAUCUAGAGAUUUUCUCUCUGGGUAAGUUCGUUCCACUCAUCCUCCAGCUUCCUACUUUAUCUGAUUUUUUUGUUUUGUUUUGUUUUGUACUGGGAAUCCAACUCGGGACCUUGCGCUUGCCUGGCAAGCCUUUGUGCUGCUGCAGCUUCCUGAUUUAUCCAGACUGGGAGUUCUCAAAUGUGAAGGGAGCAGGUCAUCUAUGUAUUGUUAGUGCAGCUUACACAAAUGAAAUGACUUGGCCAAGGUUUCAGGUACUGCCCCUGUGGUAUAAUUGAUUUUUUUUAGAGUUUGUCACAUCUCUUUAGUUUUUGCCAUCCAUUUUCAUUUGAUUUUGCCCAUUUCCCCUGUUAAUCCAAGUUAUCACAGAAUUAAUGUGUAUGAUACUUUAAUUAGCGUCUCAGAAUAUCCUAGGGAAACAUUUGAACCGUAGUCAGGUAGUAUGUUUAAAGAUACUACCUACUGCCAUGCAAAAACAGUCCUUGAACCGACCUCCGUGACGUCGGAAGGGAAGACCUGAAGGCUAAUAGAGCCUCUUCCCUUGGUUUGAGCCCGUCUUUCUCAGAGGUAACAACAGAUGCCUUAAGGUAAAGCUUAUUUAUAGUAGCAAUAAACAUAACUGUACUGGAGGGAGACGUCUUAAUACUGAAGCACUGGGUUUUUAACACACGGGUUUAUUUUAUUCAGUAUUGUGCCUCCAUGUUGCACUUUUAUUUCUUAUGUUUGGUACUUUGAGUUUUAGAUCUUAAAGUAGCAAGAAGUUAUAAAAUCUCUUUUUAAUAUAUCUUACAGGUAAAGAAAAAAUUAAGUGUAUGUUUAUAACUUUCUUUUUAUACCACAUAAAUAUUUAAAUCAUUGCUGUGGCAGUCAAGUGCAUUAUUUAGGAAUGUAGAACCUUGUAGUUCUGUGACAGACAGCACGUAUUUCAAAGGCUUUAUUGCAACAUGAAGAGCACAGCCCAGAAGGAGCCGGGAAGGCAGUGUGGACGACCCAGUGUUCUGCUGUCCAGUUAGACAUGGCAACUAGCAGUUAUUCUUACCGUGUAAGUUGACCCAGCCAUGUUUUGCUGAGUGAAAGUUUUUUCAGUUGUCUCAUUUUGGAAUAUCCAGAUUAUUCUGUUUCUUUGAUCACUUUAUUUUUCAUUUGUGUACGGAAAAAAAUGAUUGCUAAAAAUAUAGAUGUGUAUUUAAAAAAUAAUUUAACUUGCGGAAUUUUUCAUUUUAUGUUUAGCUGUGUUAACAUCACAAGGAUUUGCCGCAUCUUGACUGGCUCAAGGGCUAGCUGUUGUGGAAGGUUCUCAGUGAUGACAGAGCUGCUGAUGGCUGCGGGACAGCAGGUCCCUCCAGGGAGCGGAGCCUGUGGCCUGGUGGCUGACUCAGUAGCUCUGUCUUUCUCAUCCUCCCCUCUAAUGCUCUGCCCCUUCGCGAGGGUGAGCCAGUGUCCUUGAGGACUUGAGAAAGGAUUUAAUCCUUUCAGUCUGGGGCUUCAUUCUCCAAAGUAUAUGAACAGGGUGGAUGUGCCUAUAAUUCUAGUUAUUCUGAAGGCUGAGGCAGGAGGGUUGCAAAUUUGGAGUAAUCCUGGGCAACUCAGUGAGACCCUGUCUCAGAACAUAAAAAGGGUCUUAUGAUGGAGCUCAGGGAUGAGCGCUUGUCUCACAAGCAGAAGGCCCUGGGUGUGAUUCCUUGUACAGGAAGUAUAUAAAACUGGAAGACUAGCGUUAUUCUUUUGUACAGUUAAGUAAAUUCACAGUAUUCUUACCUUAUGUGUUUAAUUCUGUUUUACAGAAUGGCUUUGAUUUUUCCAAAUGUCUGGUUAUUAAGCAAGAUUAUUUAAUGUCUGUUGUGUAUAUAGAAAGCUUUGAUAGAUGUGGUAUACUUAAAUUAUUUUUUUUGCUAAAAUACAUAAACCAAUUCUGCAUGUACCCAAUUCAUAUUUUUUUAGAGAAAGUUGUGAGUUGUUACGUGUUGGUUUAGUGGGUUGAAAUAAACUGACAGACACACCACUUUGUGUUUUUUUGAA